CCUACCCCUCCAUGUUUUACCGUCCAAAGAAUGCUUUUUCGCUUGGUGUUGGUGAAGGCAAUGGAUCUUUUUCUCUCCAACGAGGUGGAUUUUUGUGGUGUCAGCCUCAUCCCCAUGAAUCAAAGAGUCCUUCUUGCCCCUCAUUUUUCUUCUUAAAGGAGACGCUUCUUUUUGGUCUGAUCUUUUCCGUAGGGUCCCUUCCGGGCCUCCCGGGUUUAAGGAGGUUGGAUUGUGCAGUAGGUUGUCUUCUUCCGGCAUUCAUAUCCAACAAGGUUAAUAUAUCGAAAUUAUGACGCAAGAAAGAAGAGAUCUUUGCAUAUUUUCCCCCGCCAGUUUGAUGUGUCCUUUGCCGACUCCAGAUGCUUCUUGAUUCUGGCUGCGGUUAUAGUCAAACUCCUUUUUUCUUGCAUCGCCCUGCGUCAACUCUGUUGCCCUUUCUGAUUCUUGGGAAAUCCCCUUGGUGCGAUCGGUGGUUUCCGAUGAGAUUGUGGUACAGGGUGCCCUUCUCUUUUGCGUUUUGUGGCCGACAGCAGCCGAUCUUGGAUCCUUAUCUCAACACUGAUGCGGGGACUAUGUCUCCGUUUGAGCAUGGGGAAGUCUUCGUCUUAGACGAUGGUGGCGAGGUGGACUUGGAUCUCGGAAACUAUGAACGGUUCCUCGAUAUCAAAUUAACUCGUGACAACAAUAUCACGACUGGAAAAAUCUAUCAGUCCGUCAUCGACAAGGAGAGGAGGGGAGACUAUCUGGGGAAAACAGUCCAGGUCGUGCCACAUAUCACAGAUGCCAUACAAGAGUGGAUCGAACGUGUAGCGAUGAUACCUGUGGACGGUAAAGAAGGACCAGCUGAUGUUUGUGUUAUAGAAUUGGGUGGAACUAUAGGGGAUAUUGAGUCAAUGCCAUUCAUAGAAGCUUUGGGUCAAUUCUCUUACCGUGUAGGGCCCGGUAACUUCUGUCUGGUUCAUGUUAGUCUCGUACCAGUUCUUAAAGCAGUUGGGGAGCCGAAAACUAAACCGACCCAACAUAGUGUUAGGGGACUACGAGGACUUGGGCUGACACCAAAUAUUCUAGCCUGCCGCAGUGAUAAGCCGUUGGAUAUAAAUAUUAAAGAAAAACUCUCACUGUUUUGCCAUGUUCCGGUUGCCAAUAUCAUUAAUCUCCAUGACGUCACAAACAUUUGGCACAUUCCUUUAUUGUUGAAGGAGCAAAAGGCACAUGAAGCUCUUCUGAAACUAUUAAACCUUCAAGGAUGUGCUGAGGAACCCAUGCUGGAAGAAUGGAUGGGUAGAGCUAAACUCUAUGAUAUGUUGCACAAGACUGUCAGAAUUGCUAUGGUAGGAAAAUAUACUGGUCUUUCUGAUUCUUACCUCUCUGUUUUGAAGGCUCUUUUGCAUGCUUCUGUUGCUUGCCGAAGAAAACUUGUCGUGGACUGGGUCCCAUCAUCUGAUCUUGAAGAAACUGCUGCGAAAGAGGCACCCGAAGCUUACAACGCAGCAUGGAGGCUUUUGAGUGGUGCAGAUGGGAUACUAGUCCCAGGAGGCUUUGGGGACAGAGGGGUGCAGGGAAAAAUCCUUGCUGCUAAAUAUGCCCGCGAAAACAAAAUUCCGUAUCUUGGCAUUUGUCUUGGCAUGCAGAUCGCCGUCAUCGAAUUCGCUCGCUCCGUUAUGAACUUGAGGGAGGCAAAUAGCAUGGAGUUUGAUCCCGAUACAACUGCUCCCGUUGUCAUUUUUAUGCCGGAGGGUUCCAAGACACACAUGGGAGGUACCAUGAGACUUGGAUCGAGGAGGACCUUUUUCACGGUUGCUGAUUGCAAAUCUGCAAAGCUGUAUGGCAAAGUCAGCUUCGUGGACGAACGGCAUCGACAUAGAUAUGAGGUAAAUCCUGAUAUGGUCCAAGAAUUUGAAAAGGCUGGUCUUGCUUUCGUCGGUAAAGACGAGACAGGAAAACGGAUGGAGAUCAUCGAGCUGCCUUCUCAUCCAUACUAUGUUGGCGUGCAAUUUCAUCCGGAAUUCAAGUCUAGACCUGGAAAGCCCUCUGCUGUUUUCUUAGGACUGAUAGCCGCAUCAUGCCGGCAGCUGGAUGCAUGGCUACAAGCUUCCAACGGGCAGAUCAGCCCGCCGGCGCUGCAUGCUCACAGCAAUGGCUACCCGAGCCCCAGAACAUACCGAAACGGCGGGGGGAGCCUGAAGAAGCCCGCCGUCAAGAGCCUGGUUAACGGAGGAAGCUUCCAUUCGAAUGGCAAUGGGCUGCAUGUCCACCAGCACAGCAGCACGUAGGCACCCUCCUCUUCCUGGUUUUGUUUUUCUCUUCUUCCAUCCGAGGAUUCCUCCUCAUGUACAGUACAGUCGAUCGAAUGGAUCUGUAUCGUUCCAAAGGAAGAGCGUGGUGUGCAUGGAUGAUGCUGGUUCCACUGUUUUUCACAAGGAAACCAGCAUCGUGUUCGUGCAGCCAGCCAAGAGUUUUUAUUUUAGGUUUGAAUGAUGUUGAUUUGUUUUGGUUUGUGAGGGGGGCUGUGGUGCUUUAACAUCUGUACCUCAUUCCAGCAGGAAAAGGCCUCGGAAGAAUACUGUCGUAUUGCGUUAUAAGUAAAGAUCCAAUGUUUGGAUGAGAGUUGAA